CCGACGCUUUCAGGCCAGCAAAUCCUGUAGAGACCACAUCUACGAUUGGUCUCUCCAUGACACGGAUUUAAUUUUGAAUUUUUCUUUACGGCGUGGAAGAGACUUAUGCCCGAACUCCGUCUAAUCCCCAGGCUCUUCGACUAGUAUUAACAACUAAAACCAGUCAAGACUUUUUGAAACUUCAGAUCAAAUUUUCCCAGACCAACUCCCUCCCCCCAUUUGAAAAAAGAAAUCAUGCCCAAAUUCAAACAACGAAGAAGAAAGCUAAAAGCCAAAGCCAAAAGAUUUAAAAAGAAAGAAGCCUCUCGAUUACAGUCUAAGCUGUUAGCACCUUCCCCUCCACCACCCACACCAGAAAGAGUGAUUACUUCUUCAAUAGAUAAACCCCAAAGCAGAAACUGGCUAAGACCAUCCUGGAACUUCAAAUUUCCCAACAUCAAAGAUACAAUAAACCUUUGGACAAAUAGAGCAUGCUGUGUAUAUAGUUGGUGUCAGAACUGCGUAGCCCAGAGUUUAGAAUUAUUGAAAGAUGCCAUCUUCCCAUCCCGAGUCUACCAUCGAGAACUUCUCAGUAUAAAACAACAGCUUGGUAUUUUGAAAAGUGAAUUAUGCAAGCUCCAAGAAACACUGAAGACUGUCUCUGAAAAUUCUUGUUCAAGCUGUUGUCAAACUUGUCGCCCAAGUGGUAAACUUACAAAUGUGCCUGCCUGUGGUCCAACCACCCUUGGAGAAUCCCAAACUGUACUUCCUCCCACACUGCCAGAGCCUGCUAGUCUUCCACCUCUACCACCUCCGCCUCCACCCCCUCCACCUCCUCCCCUGCCUCCGCCUCCACCACCACAAGCACCUUUGCUGCUCAGAAAAUCUGGUUCCACUAAAAUAUUUCAGGCUAUACCAUUAAAAAAAGAUGGACCCAUGCAUAUAACAGUUAAAGAUCUACUAACUGUGAAAUUAAAGAAGACACAGAGUAUUGAAGAAAGGAGGAAGCUUGUACCAUCACCAAAGGAACGGAAUCCACUAGUUACUGUCUCUGACCUGCAACGUGUUAUCCUGAAACCUAAUCCCAAAGUAUUAUCUACACGAGUUACAAAUGUCUUAAUUACUCCUGGUAAAAACCAGAUUGAUCUGCGGAAGCUGCUUAGAAAAGUUGAUGUAGAAAGGAGCCCAGGUGGAACUCCUCUUACCAAUAAGGAAAACAUGGAAACAGGAACUGGACUGACUCCAGUAAUGACUCGGGCCUUGAGGAGAAAGUUUCAGCUGGCUCACCCUCAAAGCCCUACUCAAACUCUACCACUUUCUACAAGCAGCUUUGAUGAACAAAACUGAUGUCAAUUCAGGCUGACAUCCAUACAAUAGACAGAGAAAAUCACCCAGAUGUUUUCUUAAUGUACUAGAGUAUGGAUAACCAUGCUAAUGUUAAUUCUACUUGAAGAAUCAGUAUGUACAGAGCCUUCAUGUACUGUGGUGUAAAGUAUUUAGAUAUUUUCUGGUUUUCAUAAUGGUAAGAAAACCAGAUGGGAAAAUGCAAUCUGCAAAGUGAUAUUUAUCCUGGAAUUACCCAAUUUAGGUUACAGAGGUUGUUCAGAUUUGACUAUAUAGGAGCCAGCAAGAUGGCUCAGUAGGUAAAGGCACUUGCCUACCGCUAAGCCUGAGGACUGGAUUUCAAUCCCCAGGACCCAAAUGGUGGAAGGAGAAAACUGACUCCCACGGGUUGUCCUCUGAUUUCCACACAUGCACCAUGACAUGUGACUACCACACACACAAAUAAAAUUAAAAAUAUUUUUUCAACUAUAUAGUUCAUUUAUAUUAUAUAGUUGUAGUUAUGACAUUAAGGAAAUAGUCCAGGGGAUGGAGAGAGGGCUCAGCAGUUAAGAGCAAAUACUGCUCUUGCAAAGGACCUGAGUUCAGUUUCUAGCACCCACAUCAGAGGCCUCACAACUGCCUGUAACUCCAGCUCCAGGGUAUCCAACUCCCUCUUCUGGCUUCUAAGGGCACCUGCACACAUACAUAAAUAGAAAUAUAAAAUUAAAAGAAAGAAAAAAUCUGAUUCCUGUUUGUCUCUGGUAACUGAUUUAAAAAAAAUAGUUCAACCUGUAAGGCUAAUGCAUUAAUUGAUACAAACUUGAUCCAUUAAAAAAAAAAUGCCCCUCUAAUCCCAGUAC